GACGUGAUCCUCGCCAUUCAAGAACCCUACAUGAACCAGAUCGUCGACGGGUCAAAGACGUACGAAUUUCGAAAGUAUCUCCUGAAGACCACAAUCGAACGGAUAUGGUUUUAUCGAAUAUCUCCGCACUCUAGCAUCGAAUACGUCUGCGAAAUUGAGCCUGCAAGGACACGAAUGCCUGGAGAUGAGCCGCUUCCAGAAGACGGACUUGGCAAUCUCGAAUAUAACACAAGACACAAAGACUAUGAUGGAUACGACUACGCCUACAAGAUCAAAUCAGUUUACCAUUUGGAGACUCCGAUCACGCUGGACGAUCUGAAGAAUGAGCACGGCAUCACGGCUGCACCGAGAGGCCUCAUUUACGCUCCCAAAUCUAUGACCGACAUUGACUGGCGG